UAGAAAAAAAGUUGGUAUGAAAUGAUAGAGAGAGAAAUGGAGGAAAGGAGGAAGUACAGCUCAUGGCAUAUAUUCUCUGCCUCCGACAUAACCCCACUUAUGUUUCCGGAUAUGGAAUGAGAACAUAGGACACCCCUACAACUACUAGUCCCAUCCCCUCCCCUCCCAAAUUAUAAAGACCGGACCUUGAAACUCCCCUUCCCUUAUCGCUUGGAUCAUAGAAACCAGAACCGCCAUUAUAUAUUUAUGUUCCUGCAACUUGCCAUCUCUCUCUCUCAUCCACCACCCCAACAAAAAUGGUUCAUCAGAAUAUGCAAAACCAGAAUAUGAAUUUGGUUUUAUCCACCGACGCGAAGCCGCGGCUGAAGUGGACUCCAGAGCUUCAUCAGCGAUUCGUCGAGGCUGUCAGUCAGCUUGGAGGGGCAGAUAAGGCCACACCAAAGAGUUUGAUGAGGAUGAUGGGAAUUCACGGACUCACUUUGUACCACCUAAAGAGCCACUUACAGAAAUACAGGCUAGGGAAAGGCCAACAGUCCGAGAACUCCGCUGACAUCAAGCAAGAAGAUUGCAAGGAGAUUCAGAGCAGUGAUGGUCAUUUCGGCGCGGAUAUCAGCGAUGAAGAUCACAGUCAGAUUAAUGAAAGCUUGCAGAUAGCUCAGUCUCUCCAAUUGCAAAUGGAAGUGCAGAGGAAACUUCAUGAACAAAUUGAGGUGCAGAGACAUCUUCAGCUGAGAAUUGAAGCUCAAGGGAAGUAUUUACAAUCGGUAUUGAAGAAAGCGCAAGAAACUCUUUCAGGGUAUAGUUCUUCUUCAGUGGGAGUAGAACUUGCAAAGGCUGAACUCACCCAGCUUGUUUCAAUGGUUAGCAAUGGAUGUCCGAGUUCUUCGUUAUCAGAGUUAACAGCAACAGGAACUUCAACCCUAAAAGACGUGGAGCGGAAGCAAAUGAGAGGCUCCAUGGACAGUUCCUUGACAUCUUCCGAAAGUUCAGGAAGGAAGGAGGAGAAGCUCCCUGAAAAUUCUAAUGCAACCUGUGUUGAACUACCAUUAAUGGCCACCCACCCGGACAAUAAGGCAUGGAAUAAUUCAGCAAGCAAUCAUGUUUUCGGGAGAAAGAGAAGCAGCAUUCCGAUUUCUGACGGUGUAUCUGUAAAGCAACCAGUUGCUAAAAGAACACAAACACAAAGAGAUAAAGGUGGAAACCAUCUGAGAAAGUCUGGAUUUUUGGCUACUAUUGAUCUGAAUAGCAAAUAUCAGGGUGACAACAUUGAUUCGGGACCGAAAGUAAUAGACUUGAACUGCAAGGGAAUCUGAUUCCUCAAAUGCUUUUGGAGCCAUCUGGUUUAGUUAUAUACAGUUUAUGGAGAAAACUUAAUUCCCUCCAGUCCUAGUCUUUUGUUUAUAUACAUCUAUGUACACUGUUAUAUAUGUAUGGCACUUUUGAAAGUAUAUUCAUAUCAAAAGAAGGUAUAAUAUAUUGUGUGGAUA